AUGGAUCCCGCGCUGCACGUCUCGCGCGCGCACGGACAGCUGUGCGUGUACAACGCUCCGAACGUCGGCACCGUCUGCGUGCGAUGCGUCGCGGACGCGCUCUCUCGCGCGCGCGGCGACGACGCCCCCCACCUCGGCGGCGCGCCCGCGGCCUGCUGGGGCGCGUCGCGGCGGCUCUCCACGACGACGACGGCGACGCUGGCGACGACGCGCGCGCGGUUCGCGCGCGCGCUCGCCGCGCUCCUGCGCGAUCACGCCGUCGGGCUGGACGUCAUCUCGAGCUGUGGGCACGCGCUCGUGCCCGCGGCCGUGGACGCGCUCUCGCGAGGGGACGACGACGACGACCUCUCGAGCGUCCUUCGCGAGGUGUGCGUCCUCCUGUCUUCCGCGACGACGCACGGCGUGGACGACGGCGCCGCGCUCGACGCGGUCGUCGAGCGCGCGCUCAUGCACCUCGCGGACAAAGAGCGCGCGAUAUCGAAGAACGGCGGCGUUUUCGGCGGCGUCGGCGGCGCGCGGACCCCCGCGACGAUGCCGCCGUCGAGGCUCGCGUCGUGCGGCGGUCUCGGGUUCGGCGACCGCGCGCCGCCCCCGGGCGGGCUCUUCCUCGGCGGCGGCGGGAUGAGCCAGGACUGGAGCGGCGGCGCCGGGAGCGCAAGCGGGAGCGGGGUCGGAUCCGGGCGGAGCUCGGAGAGCCAGCCGACGACGCAGACGUGCGUCGGUCUCCGCCCGUCGCCGGGGCACGCGCUCGCGGCUCGGCAACCCCCCGCGACGUUUUCGUUUUCAAACGCAGCCUCCGCCGCCGCCGCCGCGGGCGCGGGCGCGGGCGACGGCGAACGCGGUGGCGGCGGCGGCGACGAGGACGUCGCCCGCGGCCGCCUGCUGCACCUCCUCGCGGAUCUUCUCGCGAUGAGCGCAAGGCGCGGGGUUCUCCCGGCGACGUUCCAGCCGCGACAGAUCGCGGCGGCGGCGCCCGUUCCCGCCGCGUCGUCUCUGUCGUCCCAGACGCUCUCGCUCUCGCAGCCGGGCCCGGGGGGGUUCUCGCAAGGGUUCCCGCAGCUGUCGCCGCCGACGUCGUCACAGGCGGACGAGUACGCGUCGCUCGGGAUCGUCCCCGCGCACGUUCGCCGCGUUUCCGGCGCGAACGAGUGCGCGCCUCACCCUCUCGUCUCCCUGAGCCAGCGCGCGGCGCGCUCGACCGCGGCGGCGACGGUGAAGAAUCAUCCCCGCGCGUCCUCGCCGGGCGUCGCCGUCGUCCUCGACGCGCUCGGCGUCGGCGCCGGCCGGGGCUUCUCGUCGACGCCGUCGCACGCCGCCCACCCCGGCCAGGCGACGGCGACGGCGUCCUCCGCCGAGACGCGGUAUCGCGCGCUGACCGUCCUCGCGGAGCUGCUGAAUAACGGACGCGGCCCGGGGGUUAUCGACGAGACGGGGACGGCGCACGGAUUCGCCGUCGGCGCCGUCGCGUGCGCGCUCUCUUCUCGCGGCCGCGGCGUCGGCGGCGGCGGCACGCCGCUCCGUUCGCCCGCGCCCGAACGCCGCGAUGAUCCAGCGGCGCGCGUGAAGGACGCGACGUCCAUCGCGCUGCGCGUCCUCGACGCGCUCGCGACCCGCGUCGGUCUCGACCUCGCGGCGUUGCUCUCCAAUCGCGGCGGCACCCGCGGCGGCGGCGGCGGCGGGUUCUCCGCGGCGGCGCUCGGGGGCGGCGACGACGGCGGCGGGCUCGCCGCCGCCCCGCCGCCGAUCGUCCGCUUCCUUCGCGACGCCCUCUUAUCGCAGACGCCGACAACGCGCGCUGCGGCGUGCGACUGCGUGAAGGUCCUCGCCGUCGGGCAAGCCGCGGCGGCGACGGAACGCCUCGUGUCGUUCGCGAUUCCGGAGCACGUCUUCGAGGGGGUCCGCGGCGGCGUCGUCGCGCGGCGGCGGCGGCCCGACGUCGUCGGGAGCGAGCGCGAGCGCGACGACGCGACGUGCGCCGCGCUCGAGUGCCUGACGGCGCUCGCGCUCGCGUCCCCGCGCGCGUUCAACGCGCGGUUCGUGUUCGGCGUCGACGCCGUCGCCGCCGCGUUCGCCGGCGCCGUCGCGACGCGGGAUCUCGACGUGGAGGCGUCGUGCGCGCGCCUCGCCGCGGCGGUCGCCGCGGCCGGGGACCCGGGGAACGUCCCGCCCGCGUCUCUCGCGACGCUGAUGGGCGCACUCGUGGACGCGUACGAACAGAACGCGAUCACGACGGGAGGGGGGUUCGUGGAUCGGGGACUCGGCGGCGGGGUAUCCGCGGGUUGGGUUGGGGAUGCGCGAUACGCCGGGAUGGGCGAUUCCUCGCGAGUGCGCGCGAGCGCGUGCGCGGCGCUGACGCGAUUGCUCGGUUGGCCGAGCGCGCGCGGUGACGCGUCGAAGGAAAUCGCCGCGCGGAGCUUCGCGGUGCUCGCGUCCGACGCCGCGGCGACGUUACGGGCUUUCACGAGCGACGACGGCGGCGGCGGCGGCGGCGGCGGCGCGAGCGUCGUUCGAGGCGCAACGGAUGCGAUGGGCGACAUCUUCGCGCUCCACUUUCGCACCGCCGGGGAUAUCAAAGACGCGAUCGGGGUGUUGGAACGUCAUGAGCUACCGAAUCUCCUCAUCUCGUCGCUGCGCAGGCUCGCGAUCUUGAAGCACUCCCGCGGCGGCGACGACGACGGGGCGGCGGGAACGGAAUCCGUCGUCGCGGGGGCGGUGAAACUUUUCACGACUGCUCUUCGCGGCGGCGACGACGACGACGACGCCGCCGCCGCCGACGCGUCCUUCGAGGUCGCGGACGUUCGAAGAACACUCGCGGUAUCACUCGCGAGGGAUGCGGUGAUGCACACGGUGUUGAUCGCCGUCGACGUCGGCGUCUUUCGCGGCGGCGGCGGCGGCGGCGGCGGGCGGCGACUCCAGAACGACGGCGACGGAACCUUCUACUACGGCGACGACGACGACGACGACGACGACGACCAAUGCGACGGUUCCCACCAUCCCGCGCUGCUCUGCAACUUCGUAGGCGCGAUCCUUCACGCGCUGGGCGAGGACGACGCCUCGUUUGACGUCGUCGCCGCGGCGUGUCAUCCCGAACCCCUCCUCGGGUCUCUCCAGGACCCCGGCGGCGGCGGCGGCGGCGGAAUAUUCGACGUCAUGACCGGAUUCGGCGCCGCCGCCGCGCGCGCGCUGCUCAUAACGUGCGCCUUCGUGCACGUCAAGUACGCCUCGACGCGCGCGCGCGUGAGCGACCUCCUCGACCACUUCAUCGCCCCGCUGACGCGGUACCUCCUCGGCGGCGGCGGCGCGUCGGACGCGGACUCGUCGACGCGCGCGUUGAUCAUCUUCCGCGACGCCGCCGCGGUCGCCGCGUCGCGCGGGUCGCUGCUUCCCGUGUUCGCGACCGAGCGCGAGCAGGUCGACGUCGAGGACGCGCUCGUCGACGCGUUCACGGCGGCGAUGAUCCGAGGGCACGACGACGACCGCGCGCGCGCGGGGGAAAUUAUCUUAGGACUUUGCCCGGCGAUUCUCUUCACCCACCCCACGCUUUCAAUCUCCGCCUUCGAUGCCUUUCAACUCCAACUGACGCCUUUCAACUCCACCCCGACAUUCGCUCGUAUAAAACGACCCUUAGCCUACGUCGUGAGCGACGCCGUCGGCGGCGCGCACUUCUUCCCGUGGCUCCUCGACCGGUGCAUGGACGACCACGACCGAUUCGCCGCGGUGGCGACGUUAGCGUUGAUCGCUCUCGCGCGCGACGACGUCCGCGCGGUGAUUCACGGAGGAAGCGGUGAAGGCGCGACGGAGGACGGCGACGGGCGGCCCGGGGGCGCGGCGUCGGCGUCGGCGCGGAGGUUCGUCGACGCCUCGUUCGUCGGCGACCCCAACGCGUUGUGCGUGCUCACCGAGCUGCUCUGCACGCACGGUGACGAGGACGGGGAAACACACGAACUCUCCGAGGAAGCGAGCGACGUCCGCGCCGCGUGCGCGCUCGCCCUGGAGCGGCGACCCGUGACGCCGGCGGCGGAGGCGACGCACGUCGAGAUUUGGGCGCGGUGCGCUCGGUCCGUCGUCGUCGCCGCCGGCGGUUGCGACGACGCGCGUCCGCGAGUCGGCGCGCUUCGCGUCGCGACCGCCACCGCUCUCGUGGCCGCGGAUCUCCACGUUCGUCCCCGACGAACCUCCGAGCCGCGGCAUCGCGCGGACUAUUCUCCUCCGCCUCCUCCCCCGUUCACCGGCGGGGGCGGCGUGUCCGCGUUCAUCGCGACGUGUUCCAACGUCGCGUCUUCCGAGGACGCGUCGGCGUCGUUGCGAGCGUCCGCCGCGAGCGCGGUGAACGGGGUGCUAUUCGGCGCGUUUCUGUCCCUGUGCGCGCGACGCGAGCCGCCCGGGGUCGGCGCCGGCGGCGCGGAUCAACCUCGCGGCGGAGUCAUCCCCGCGAACGCGCUGGAGGAGAUACGCAAGGCUGUUCCGGGGGCGCGCCGCGCGGCGGUCGCCCGCCUCUACGGCGCCGCCGGCGCCGCCGGGACGGGAGACGGCGACCUCACGACGGCCGCGCUCGGGACCUGCGCGAUCCUCGCCGCGUGCGGGGUGCUCGACGCGGAGUGGAGCGGCGCGCUCGACGUCUCCGACGUCGACGCGGUAAACGCGCUGUGCGCGGUCGGGUUAGGCUCGACGCGCUCCGCGGACCGCGCGCUCGCUUUGGAGAGUCUCGCGUUUUUGUGUUUCGACACCGGAUCCGGAUACGGCGGAAGCGGCGACGGCGGCAGCGGCGACGGCGGGGACGGCGGGGUCGUGCGGAAGCUCGCGCGCGCCGCCGCGCGCGCGGGGAUGUGUGCGGGCGAGUCCGACCUCGAGCGCGAGGCCGCGUGCGCGUGCGCGUGCGCGCUGAUGGCGUCGUCGUCGUCCUCCUCCUCCUCCUCGCGGGGGACGGACGCGGCGGCAGCGGCGGCGGCGGCGGAAAAUCACGAUUCACUCGACGACGGGUGGGCGGAAACCCUCUUGCAGGAGUGGCUCCUCGGCGGCGGCGGCGGCGGCGGCGGCGGCGGCGGCGGCGUCCACGGCGCGAUCGUAAUGUCUUCGACGCCGCACGACGACGACGCCGGGCUUUUCUUCGCGGCGACGCUGGCGCGUACCUCUCCGCGGGCGUUCGGAAGGGUCUUUCGCCCCGGCGGCGACGCGACGGCGAAAACGGUGGCGAAAGCCGUCGCUGCGGCGGCGGCGACGCGCGGGCGAUCGGGGGGCGCGCUCGCGUUCCUCCGCGCGCUCGUGCCGUCGUCCCGGUCGGGAGAGACGGGAGAGACGGGCGUCGGCGCGACGGCGGAGACCAGCGGCGGCGGCGAGGGCCCCGAGAACGGGGCGGCGACGCGUCACCUCUCCCGCGGCGAUUUCGUCGGCGUUCGCGACGCGCUGCUCCGCGCCGUCGAAACCGCCGCGGGAGACGCCGACGACGACGACGCGCGCCCUCGCGGGAUCGCGUCCGCGGUGGGUCACGCGCGCGUCGGUCACGCGACGCACGCGACGAGGCUUCACGCGAUCUUGCCGUGGCUCGCGGCGCGGCGCGGCUCGGUGGACGGCCUCGGCGAGCUCAGGGCGUUGGCCGACGACGCGGCGGCGGCGGCGGCGGCGGCGGUGAGACUGCUUCCCAUACGACCCCGUUCGCGUGGUGCACGCCGUUCCUUAAGGACUUUUCCCGUCGUCACUCUUUACCCGCGCUUCCCUUUCAACGUUUGA